CUCCACCAGUUUGACACUGGCAUGCAUCCCCCUUCGUCUCGCCUGCUAGUAGCAUGAACUCACGUUUCUAAAGAUCGGUCCUGGUGGGCUCCCAGUGUAGAUCUUCGCCUAUCGGGUGGGAUUUGAGGAGUACUGCCCGACUCAUGUCGGUUGUUAUUCUAAGGGGUUAAUUACAUUUACAGUUUUACAGUUUUAUUGCACUUACGCUUCAGUUCGGUGAACUGCUGUCUGCAACAUUGGGAAAACAGAACUGUACAAAGUCGUGGCAUUUUCAACAAUGUGGAUUUCGGUAACGUGAAUUCCUUCUCAGCAAAACUGAUUUGCUAUUUGGAUCCUACUUUUAAGGGACUUUUUUAUAUUAAAGGCGCACAUGCUUUGCUUUGGCCACUUGGAUAUCAGCAAAUCGUCUGCCCUUUAAAGAGGAGAGUACUUUCUGGGAAAGCAAUGUAAGGGCGGGAUUAAUAAACAGUUUUGUUAAAAAAGUGAAUACCCACCACUCUUGAUCGGCACAGAAGCUUCUUGUGUCGGUUAAUUAAAUGGGUCACCCAGAGUACCCACAAAAGGGGGACUGGCAUAUCUGAAUCCUGCAGCAAGUGGAAUUUACCUUCAGUGGGCAGUGGAAUAGCUGAUUUUUUUUACGUUCUAACGGUUUCCCGCAGAAAUUUCUUCCUAGGCAUAAUAGCAUAAGUGACCUUCAUACUGUCAACCAUCAGCUUGAAAAUAUGGCAUCUAGUCUAACUUGUGUUGGAGUUCUGUGGGCACUUUUGUCUUUCCUUAGUGCUGCUGCCUCAUGUAUUGGUUUCUUUAUGCCUUACUGGCUGUUGGGAUCACAGAUGGAAAAAACAGUUUCAUUCAACACCUUCCGGCGAUGCUCUUACCCAAUGCUGGAUGAGGGCCGUCAGUUGACCGUCAUGGUGGAGCAGUGUGGUCGGUAUGCAUCAUUUGAGGGAAUCCCAAGUCUCCACUGGAGGAUCUCCACUGUGGUGACUGGAGUGGGCUGUGGCCUACUGCUGCUUGUUGCACUCACAGCGCUGAUGGGUUGUUGCGUGACAGAACUUAUCUCCAGGGCUAUAGGUCGAGCAGCAGGAGUCAUCCAGUUCUUAGGAGGUUUAUUGAUUGGUUCUGGCUGUGCACUGUAUCCCCUGGGAUGGGACAGUGAAGAAGUCCGGCAGACAUGCAGCAAUCUAUCAGACCAAUAUGAACUGGGCACUUGUAAAAUCGGCUGGGCAUUCUACUGCACUGGAGGUGGGGCAGCAGUCGCCAUGCUUCUUUGCACAUGGAUGGCUUGCUUUGCUGGCAAGAAACAGAAACAAUACCCGUACUGAAGACUAGAAUUGUUGAUGUGAUGGGACACAUUUCAUCGGAUUUAACCUUCAGGAGACAAAAGAGAAAAUCUUCCAGAAAAAAAAAAAAAAAAAAAAAAAAGGCUGCUUUAGCUACUGCAAAACUAAUCGUUCUCAAGGUGAAAGGAGACUUAUGUGUCGUACUGAAGUAUGCAGUGUUGGGGGAAGGGGUACAAAAAUGACAUUUUUGUGUGUGUGGCUCCUGUUUAAGUAUUUUGAGUAAUGGAAAAGAUAGCUAUUUCAGGUCUUGGAAGCAUAAAAGAUGAUACAGUGAUAUACUUUGUACUGUUACGUAAGGCAAACUUCAUAAAAGUGAAAGUGAAAGCAAUGUUUAGGGAAAGAGGGAUUGGUUUCUCACCUGUUUUCACCUAGCCAGGAUGACAUUCUAGAGUAUCUUAAAGUAGUCCUUAUCAAGCUGAGCUGAAAUAAUAGGCACAUAAAUGUAUUCUAAGCAGUUUAAAAAGUAUUACCACUAGUAAUAUUUUUUCAUGUAUACUUAAUGGACCAACCUUGUGAGUAAGGCAGUAUUUUUACAAACUCACAUAUAAAAAAUGCAGUUGCCUGUGUUAUAUCUAUGCCUGUAGUAUGAAGCAGUCAGUGGCAAUAUAUGUUCGUGUGAAAGUAUGUAUCUUGAUAUAUAGUCUUACACUAAAAACACAAUAAAAACUGCAAUAAUAGGACAGUUCUCUGUCUUUACAACAUCGCUGUGGUAGAGAAAGAAGUGAAGAAAGUGACUUGUUACUUUUAACAACCUUUUAUGACUUAAGAAGAGGCAGUCUGAUUAGUAUCCUUAAUUUGAUUAACUUUUAUUAUUCUUUAACAGUUUUGUAAGAAAAAAAAAAGAAUAACAGUACACUCAUAU